CAUAAAAAGUAUUGUUAAAGUAGAAUGAAUAUCAGUGAACGAAAUGAAUAUAGUCUCACUCAAAUGAUCGGCAAACUUCGCUAUAUGACGGUUCCAUUCGGUUUUCAAACUCGAGUUAGAGAUAAUUCAACUCUAGUGGAUUCGAGUUACGCCCAACUCGAGUUAACCAUCACUAUUAAAUUCUUACUAUAAUCGGGAUUUUUAAAGAAUAUUAACUAUACUUUCGCUUAAAGUUUCGAAGAAAUGGCUUGUAAUUAUUGUUAUGAACCGUUUUGUCUUUUUCGAGUCGAAGAACGCUGUCCCAGUUGCGGUUUUAGUUAUUGUGUAAGAUGUUUGGAUAAUAAAAUUUUUGUAAAACAAUUGAACGCAGAAAAAAAGGUUUGCGUUAAAUGUUUAAAAUAUAAUUCAUCGGGAGAAGUGCAUAUGAUACCGCCUCCUGAUCAUUACAGAAAAGUUCAUAGGAAAAAAAAACCUAAGUCUAAAUCUUGCGAAAAUCAUAAUGACAAUGAAACUAAUCCAGAUAACAUAAAAAGCUCCAAUGUUUCUAAUAAGAAUGGAAAUGUGGCAGAUGAAAAUUCACCAAGUACUUCUUAUUAUCAUGGAAGAAUAGAUUAUUAUAGUUCUGAAAAUGAAUCUAACUCAGAGAAAUCGGGAGAUGAAGAUAAUAGUGACGACUUGUCAGAAGAGUCUGAAGAUGAGAUUAAUGAUGAAGACAUAGAAAAAGAAAAGAGUUUAAUUUUUGAUCUCAAGGAUACACAUCCUCAUUUAUAUGAUGGCACAAGACAUGUUAAGAAAGAGACCAAAUCAACAGACGAAAUCCUAAGAGAUGCUAUAAGACAGUUACAUGAGGGCUUUCAUGAUAUGGGUGAAAAAUUAGAAGCAUACCGCAAAAAGCCUCCAAAGUGUACAUUAUGUUCUACCAAAGCUCUGGUAAACUGCAAAGGAUGUGAAAGUACAUUUUGCAUGAGAUGUUUUGAUAUGCAUUCAGAUGAGGUUUGUGUUGAAUAUGAAACUCUUGAGCUACAUGUUAAUUAACUUGUAAAACUAUUGCUAUUGCCAAUACUGUUUUUAUCGCUUUAGGGAAUCAUAUUUCCUCUUGUCUAUAUAUAUAAGACUAAAUAUUUAUUAAUACUCAUACUAUAUUACUGUUUAGAAGCCAUAGG